AUGAAUAGCAAAGCCUUGUUAACCAAACGUGUACGCGAUGUACGCAUUGACGUUCAUCCAUUCGAACAGGCUUUGGUUAUUUGUUACAAAGCCGAAGCGACUAUUCUUGGGGAAUCAGGAGAUCCCGUCAUAGGCGACAAAAAAGAAUGUGCCACGAAAUCACCCGCUAAUGAGGCAUUGGCAGAUCCUGGCGCAUUCGAUUCAGCAAAAAUUGACGAGACAGCUAACAUGGCUGAUUUGGAUGAAUACUUAGACCUCCUCUAUGAAGACACGACUGAACAGCUGCGAUCGUCAGCAUUGAUACUUCAGCUAGCGAGAAAUCCCGACAAUUUGGAGGAGCUAUUUCAAAACGGAACACUUUGCAUGAGCAUUUUGGAACGUGAGACCCAGACCUACGCGAGUUGGAUGGAGGACCUCAGGCAACUGCGGAUCGCACAGGGCGAGGACUGCUUGGAGUACAAGCAGAAUGCAGAAAGGUGCGGGGAUCUGAUCAGGAAGCAGGAACAACUUCUUAGAGUUGCCAUCUAUCUGCUGUUAAACCUUGCGGAAAACGUGGAGGUGGAGGAGAAGAUGCAUCGGAAGGGUAUUGUCGCACUACUCUGUCGUUGUCUGAAGCGCAAAAACCACGACCUGGUGGUUCUUGUGGUCUCGUUCUUACGCAAACUGAGCCUCUUCCAGGAGAACAUUGACGAAAUGGAUUUGCUAGGGAUGGAGUUCCGUGCAGCACGUCAGGCGUUGCCUUCAGCUCAACAGCAACAGCGACGACGGCGUUUCCUCGGUUAG